AUGAGUUGCUGCCCUGCGACCGCUGAGCCUGCGCGUGGCCCCGCAGACCAUUUCGGUGUGAUGAAGAAGACUGGGAAUACCAACAUUUACGUAACUGGUCCUGCAUCUGCUACCGCCGGUAUUCUAGUGUACCCAGACAUCUACGGCCUUGACAGCGGCCGCACCAAGAGUGAUGCCGAUACGAUGGGCAAGCUAGGCUAUGCCGUCGUGGUCAUUGACCUCACGGACGGCGACUAUGUCGAAGACCUAGACGACCUUCAACAGUGGUUAAAAAAGUACACGUUUGCUCAGCACUUGAGUCCGCGUAUUCAGGACGCAAUUAAGUACCUCAAGACGGAAGUGGGCGUCGAGCGACUUGUUAGCUACGGAAUGUGCUGGGGAGCGUGGGUAGGUGCCACACAGACGGCACAAAACGAUCCGGUCGUGCUGGGCCACGUGUCGUUCCAGCCGUCCUGGAUCGUCGAGAGCUGGCUCAAAGGCGGCGAUGCGGCGGUCGGCACGCUGGCCAAAAGCGUCCACGUGCCGCAGCUGCUUUUGGUUGCUGGCGACGACCCCGACUACCUCAAACCCGGUGCCCGCAUCCACGACAUUCUCAGGUCGCGUGCGGACAUUGGCCCAGAGUCGGACGUGAUGCUUUUCGCCGACGAGAAGCACGGGUGGGUCCACCGCGGAGACCUCGAGAACGUGGCGACAAAGUCAGCCGUCACGGAGGCGUGGCACAGCGCUGCCAAGUUCAUCCAGACAAUCUGUCCGCCGUGA